AUGAGUGGAAUUUUGCAAGCGAAAUAUCUACCUGUGGAAAACCAGCGUCAAUUAUUGACCGAUCUUGUAGAAAAUGAUGAUUUUUCGGGGCUACAGUCGAUAUUGACCGCUGUGAAAAUGGAGGAGGAUGUGCUUAACAGUGUUUGUGGCCAGGUGACUGACAAGAUUGUUGAGUUGCUAGCGCGAUUUGCUAAUGAAAUCGAGACGAAACAUGAUAUUCCAGAUCAGUUGUUGGAAAAAUUGGCCGCUGUGGCGGCACUGAUCGGAGAAAGCCUGCUGCAAGUACAAGAUACAAUUUCGGAGCAAUUGAGCUUGCUUGCAAAUACUAGGCGAAAGCAUGUUUUUGAUGAGGAGUUUCUGAUGCAUAACUUAGACCAAUUAAUUGGCACAAACUCAGAGACAAACGACGAGAGUAGGAUUUCAGGUAAUGAAAAUUUCUUGGUUUAUUUGAACUUCCUGGUGUUUGCCAGUAUGCAGCAGUGUGAGCAGCGGCCAAGCGCGACUUUGGAUAGACUUCUGGUAGCUUAUCUAGCCAGUAAAGACGAAGCACUUGCUUUAGCUGCACAGUGCGUUUGCAGAUGGAGAGUGGAACAAAUUUCUACGAAUUGCGUUCUUGACCAUGAUUUUGACCAUGCUAUUUGGACCUCGGUGGAGGGUAUACUUUCCAGGCCUAAUCUACGGCCUUGGAUAGUACGAAACGGUUAUAUGUUUCUUUUGCAACUCUUGCGCAGUGGGUCUACAUCUCCUUCACUAGCAAAGCUGCACAAGACUGAGGAAUUUUGGCGAUGGGUGCAGAACGGACUGAGGAAUGACUCCCACGAUAUACGGAAAUUUUCCACUUCAAUUUUAAAGUUGUCGAUUAAGAGAAUUGAUCCCGCCGAUACCAUCACGAACAGUCUACUACAUUGGAAACCAGAAACCUACGAGGAGAAUAUUUCUUUAUGGAAGAGGUUCACUACGCUUUACGAGAUUGUAGCCAUUGAUACGUCUAUGAAUCAGUUCGAAGCAGCAUCGCAAGAUAUUCUGGGCUUGUUUAAGUCCAAGACAAUCGAUUCAAGCUGGGGUUUGAUAAUUUUUCUGACGGGGUUGAAGGCUAACAUGGAAAGUGUCAGACGUUACGCUCUAAGAUUGCUUUUCCAGAUAGAAAACAAGGCCGUUUUCACUUCUGACUUAAAACUUCUCAAGGAGCAUUUUCUUCCUGCAAUGAUGCAGGCGUAUCUUUUUAAUGUUGAUCAAGGCUCAUGUCACUACGGAGAAAAUUUCUCAGCGGUUAUCAAAGACAUUGUGCUACGAUCAAGCCAUGAUUUCUCACGAAACACUUUAUCUGAAUUGCUGUUGACUAUUCUGGAAGGACUCAAGGCACAAAGCAGUGGGUUUGACCCUGCAAGAAUUUACGCUUUUUAUGGGCUUCACGGGGCAUUAAAGGUGGGAAAGAUUAAAAUUCUCGAUGAACGUCACCUUGAGAUUAUUGGGGAACUCUUCAAUACCACAACAGAAGAAGAGAUCAUGGAAAUAACGGUCCAAACACUAUAUUUGAGACUUUUAUUAUACACAAGCGUCAAAGUAUCUGAUAAAACAUGGCUCGAAGCUUUAGGAAAACACAUUUCAUCAAAGCAAAAUUACUCAUAUUUCAAACCUUUGAUAGAAGAUUUUAAAGAUCUGGUGGUGGUAAAUUUUGGAAAUUCAUCUGCUGAAGCCGAGCUUUCGGACUUUGUUCAGGAAAACGCUGGGCUUCAAGUCUUGAGCUAUCUCCUGUUCGACUUUCGUCCUACUGUCAUUGACGAUGAUUUCCUUAUUGAACUGGCCGCAGCGGGAGAAGGGACUCAAGAUUUCAAAGAUAAUUAUAUUGCCCUGGUAUCAAAAUUGAUCCAAAAUUUUGAUUCUAUUGAACCAAAUAGGAGACUAUAUUUGCUAACUGGUCUUCCAUUUUUCACACAUGAGACUUGGCGGAGCAUCAAGCUGGAACCCAUGUUUCAUUCAUUAGUGGACAACUUCGACGUUGAUAAAUUCAAGUUUUUAGUCUCUCUUCAUGCCAAGGCUGUCGACAGCACGACUGCUCCAAUAAACAUCGACUACGAAGAAAUUUUUGGACUUUAUGAAAGUAUAAAGAGCAGCAUGGAUCUAUCGCAAAAGACAUUCAAAGAAAUGGAUGCUGCAUAUGGUGCCUUUUUCACCUUUGUAGAUGAUUUCCUCAAGGUUUAUGCAUUGGAUACUGAAAAGAACGAUGUUCAGAAGCUAAUUGAAUUGAUGUGGGAUAAUUCGUCGAAAGACAAUGGCCGAUACGAAGGUAAUCUUGCGAUCACUCGAAUUUGCUCACACCUGCUCGAUGUUUAUUUAACCAACGUCAGGGGUAAAACAAAUUUAAGGAGGGCGGACGAACUUCACUUGAUUAACAGAAUUUUGGCCUUGAACACUGACAUUUGGGAGCUCUUGGCAAGUGAACGACUUGUUUUGAAUCAAAGGGAUUUGCAUCUUUCCUUGAUAAAAACCAUAUUCCAUCCGAAUGUCCUCUUCGCUGCCUCUGAAAGCUCUGAAAACGGCAACGAACGUUGUCAACGCCUACGCAAGUGUGCAUUUGAAAUAAUAGAACAAGCACACUCAAGAAGAGGCUUUUUACCAGCAUUGAGUGUUCAAAUGGAUACUUUCAUGAAGGCCUAUGGCCAAGAACUUAAACCCUCCAAUGCAAAUCUCACAUGGCUGGCCGACAUCCUGUUCAGAACUUUCACUAGGAAUCAAAUGGCAAUAAACGUUUUUUCGAUUGUACCGACCAUUGGUCGUCUAUUUGAUGACAGGAUUGACCCUUUCAGAGGACUUGCGUUGGGAAUAUAUCGAAGAGUGUAUGGAGAAUCGGAAAGUGUUGCGCGAAUUCAUAUAAUAAAUGCAAUCUUGAACUCCGCGACGGACUUCAAGCGAAUGGCGUUUUUUCAUCUGUUAGAAAAGGAUACCAACCUGCUCUGUGCAAAAAAAGGUGUAGAUGGGUAUGAAGAAUCCGAAAGACUCUUAAAAUGGCAAUUAUUGUUUUUGACAAUUAAAUCACUUAAAAGUGAUAAUUUCGAGGAACUAGUGGAGCAUUCAAUACUGCCCAGCGUUCUCCAGGAAAUUUCUCCAUUGGUGAGAGUUUAUAUGGAGUGGUUUGUCGCUCUUGGUUUGAUUUCUUUGCUUGAGGAAGAUAAGUCCUAUGCAUGUGAAGACAUCCUUUUCAAGCAUAUGACAGAUCACUGUAAACCGCUGGUUACGAUAACGGUGAUCAGAAUAGUUUUCCUCGCGCUUCACGUUUCCAGAAGCAAGAGACUGUUGGCCAAAUUCCUUUCACACUUGAUACCAUGUGCUACAUCCAACAAACCUUUGGUGAGGCAUUUCGGCAAUUCAUUGACGAUACCAUUGUGGGAGACAUUCCAACAUGAAAUCAAAGAUGAUAUUCUCCGCAGUAUUUUGUACAAUUUGUAUCGGAACGCCAAACAAAGUGAAGUGCUUGGCCAAUACAGGUUAGGCGAUGCUAGAAUUUGGAAUAUCCAAAAAGACUUGACUCUCACAAACAUAUUCGGAGGCCUUUUGUUGAAGCUAAUUGACCAUGAUGUACCAUAUAUCGACGCAAAGGCCUUUGCAAAAUUUGGGACAAACGAUGACGAGUUCCCCAUCGGUGUGGACGAGAGUGACCUCUGGUUAGCAAAACGAGCUAAAAGCCAGGACGUUCAGCGAAAUGUGAUCCAAGGCGACUCGCCUUUGCAAAAGAAAACGAGCUCGUGGGAUGAGGUACAAGGUGCGGAUGAAGAGAGAACCGCAAACUCGAUCAAACGGUCUGAAUUGAUAGUCGUUGCUUCUUUGGUGGACAAAGCCCCAAACCUUGGCGGUAUUUGCAGACUUUGCGACGUUCUUGGUGUUGGCCUUCUAACUGUUCAUGAUAUCAAGGUGAAAAACCAUCCUCAAUUCAAAACGGUUGCUGUCACUGCCGAUAGAUGGAUGCCAAUCGAAAGCGUCAGCACCACCGAAAUCUCGGAUUUCGUGAAGUGCAAGAAGAGGGAGGGAUAUACUUUGAUUGGGCUAGAGCAAACUGAUCAAUCUGUUAAAUUAGACAACAAGUUUUCUUUCCCUCCGAAAUCGCUUAUUUUGCUUGGUACAGAAGCGGAAGGCAUACCAGGGCAUCUUUUAGCAGAGCUGGACGUGUGCGUUGAAAUCAAACAGUCUGGUGUCAUUAGAUCCAUGAACAUUCAAACUGCCACCGCGGUUAUUGUUCAUGCGUACUCUGCGCAGCACAUGUAA